AUGGCCGCAAAGCUAGACAAAAACAAAAAGGCUCGAUAUAAAUGGGCUUUAAAAUACAAAAGCUUCACUGAAGAGGAUUGGUCAAAUAUUGUAUGGUCAGACGAAUCAAACUUUGAGAAUGACUCUCAUCUAAUAUGUGAAACAGCUGUUUCUCGGAAACAAACGUACAUUUUUUGCGGUGGACCGUGCAAAAAAGUGGUACAUGUUUCUUGUGUUUAUGCUGGUACGGUGGACUUACCUACACUUAUCAAACAGAUUCCUGAGCUGUCUUGGAGGUGUAAUGACUGUCUUUCUUCUGAUGUUUUUAUAGAGGAUGCAGAACUUGGUCAACUUGUUGAAAGCAAAAUUAGUCAUGCCUUGGAUUCGAUUGUCGUACAGAUUAAUGAACUUAAGUCGACUAUUGAACAAGCUGUUCUGCAGAAUCCUGAUGCUUCAAGUGUUAACAAACCGAUACCAUAUGCCAGUGUCUUAAGGAAAAAGACGGUUCCUGCUGUCAUAAUUAAGCCUAAAACAAGAUACGUCAAAAACGAAGACUGA